AGGCUGAGCCCGCGUUUCAGCAGCCGAAGCGUGACCCUGCCGGCCGGCGGCAGAGGUCGGGCACGGCCGCUCCUGGGCCUGCCCCGAUCGCCUGCAGGGAUUGGGGCACGCUGGUGCACACCUCAGCUGUCUGCAGGGUGCACGGACGCUGCUGCCAAGUGAAGUUCGUGCUCCGUCAAGCGCUGCCGGUGAAUUCGCACACUUUCUGCUUGCUGCAGCUCCCGGGAAAGUCAACCCCCUCCAUUCCAGACGUGAGAGGAGUUUUCUGGUUCAAGGACUACCUCCGAGAUUUUCGUUUCCAAGAAUCUUGGGUUUCUGACUUGAGAGAGCAGGUCUUCCACAAACCGAUGGAUCACUGUGCUUCACCAGCCUUUUCUGAGGACUUUCCGCAAGCAGCGUGUUACUAUUGCUCCGGUGUGGUGAGUUUGCAGCAGGGUGCUGCAUGUUAUCCUGGGGGGGUGGGGGUGAGCACUGCGCAUGUGUUUUUUACUUUCUGUUUUGUGUUUUACCUCAGAAAAGAGCAAUUUAAGUGCUGAGAACAAUGGGAAACAAACUUUCUCCCACUGAGAAGGAGUUUUAUACCCAAAUUAGAGCAUCCCUUUUGUUAGAAAAUAUUUCUGUUAAGAAGAGAGAGCUGAAAGCCUUUGUUAAUUUGUUGUUCAUGCAUUUUCCAAAUGCUGGUAGAGAGGAAGUGUUAUCAGUUGUCUUUUGGGGAAAGGUGGGGCGUUGCAUUUAUCAAUGGCAAGUGUUGAGGGACUUUGGAGUGGCAAAGUUUUACCCUGUUUUCGAUGCCAUAUAUGAGUUUGUGAAAAGGAAGGAAAGAGUUAAGAACACUAGUUCGCCUUCCCUAUGUUCCUCCCCUUCCGAUCCUAAUCCCUCUUUCCCCAAGGACCAGACAGGACUCAGAUCUUGCCCUAAGCUGGCGCUGGGUGGUAACCUGCUCCCUGCUGGCUCCUGCCUGGCUCAAACCCCUCGUCCAGCUGAGACUGGCCAUCUCAGUUCGGAUUCUGCCCUUUUCCUCACUCCUAAAUCCCCUGAAUCCGGUUUGGAUUCCUGUUGCAAUGUUAAUAGUUGUCCUGAUUUGGGGUCACAAAAUGGAGGCGACCACGUGGUCGCCCUCCCUGAUUUAAAGGUGCAAAAUGAUGGCUUGUCUUUUCCAGUUUUGUCCUCAGUCCCAGUCACCACCUCUGAGGCUUUUCCAGUUGUGUGCUCCUUCCCUGCGUCGGGUUCCCCCCCUUCACUCGCAUUGUCGGGAUUUGCCCCCUCUGCCCUUCCCCUCUCUGCUGUGUUACUGGGAAAGCCUUCGGGGGCAGCUCGGUUUCUUCAGAUAGUCACACCCCAAGGGGUGGAUCUAGCCGUUCGUCAUUGGGCCACACCUCGGGGGAAGGGACAGAUUGUGCGUCACCAGAACCUGCCCCUUCCCACUCCUUCCCUUUCCCACGGUGCCCGUGACGGGAAGGCAGUCACCUUGGUCGGCAAAAAUUCCAGCCACCGGUCCCCGACAGCCAAAGAAAAAAUCCACGCGCUGGAUUGCUCUGCUUCAUCCUCCGGUGAGGAUGAGGAUGGAAGCAGCCCUGGCAAAAACCUCCAGCCAUGUGAGAACUGGGGCAGGAUCUGGGAAGAAGCAGUAAGGGAUGGAGACCUGGAGUUAGUGAGAGAUUUAGAUUUGUUAGCCGCACCGGUUGUCUAUGUCGCCAAUGACCAAGCGUGGUGGGAAUCUAUACCAUACACAGAGUUAAAAGAGCUGAGACGAGCUGCAAAAGAUUAUGGGAGACAGUCACCUUAGUUUAAGAAUGUACAAAAAUUAACUUUUGGAGGACAUACUCUGACCCAUGAUUUAAGAUACUUAGCAACUGCCUUGCUCUCUCCCACUGAGUUUCUGCUGUGGGAGGUGCACCGGAAAAAAUGACUUAAACCUUUGAUUAAAAAACACAACAACCUAGCAGAGAUUUGCGAAGAGAAUGACAUUUUAGAGGCAUUGGCAGGGGAGGGUGAAUAUUCUAAGCCUGCAGUACAAGCAGAACUCCCUGCUGAAAUCUUAAAUGAUGUAAAAGCUGCUGGCAAAUCUGCUUUGCUGAGAAUCCAAGAUGGGAGCAGCCCUUUGCAGAAUUUCUCUGCCAUUGUGCAGGGAGUGGAUGAAUAAUUCAUAAAAUUUGUAGAUCCACUGUGUGAAGCUAUCGAGAUACAAAUUGACAAUGAACAAGCCAGAGACUAAUCAAUACGCAAAAUGGCAAUGACAAAUGCUAACGCAGAAACAAAAAAGAUUUUAAGAGCAUUACCUCAGGAUCCUGAGCCAACCAUAGCCCAAAUGGUUGAUGCAUGCACAAAAGCAUCAUCCCUAGAAACUACACUUGCCUUUGCAGUGAGCAAGGGAGUGGGGGAAGCCAUGACAAACAUUAGCAAUGUCCGUUGCUUUUACUGUGGCCAACUUGGACAUUUCCAGAAAGACUGUCCUCACCUUCCUGUUGGGCAAUUUAUUAACUCUGUUCCACCUCCUAGGCCUCCUCCUUUCCAACAGCCCUAUCGACCCACAUACAACUUUCAGCAGCAAUAUUAUCAGCCAACCCAGAGAAACGCUUGGCAGAGCGCGGGGCCACGCCGCGCGACAACAGCAAAUUACCGGCCUUGCCUGCAAAGCCCACCUCAGCUGCCAGCCAUCCAGGAGUCCCCCGCCCCAACAGGCUCCUCGCAGAGGACCGCAGUCAUGAGGAUGGACUCCGGUUGUUGUGCAGAACCCGGAACUUUCCCCCAAAGCCUCUGACCAGUGUUAGUAAUUUCUGUCCAUCUGCUUUUCCCCGACAAAAAUCUAGUUCGAGUUCCAGCUGGGUACCUUGAGCCCCCUUUCCACCAUCAACCAACUACAGUCCUGCUGUUUGGGGACAGCGAACACACUCCAGAUCAGAUAAGUCUAUUACCAGAAGUUGUGACUGUAAAUCCAGGCAAUGAAAUUACUGUGUCAGUUCUUUGUUACAAUCCACCAUUUCCACUGUUCAAAUUCUCAUGUUUUGCACAAAUGUUAAUUUUAGCUGGCCAGGAUUGAGAGGUUGACUCUGAUUCAAAUUUUGAUGUGUUUGCAUGUCACCAGAUUAGUAAAGACAAACCCGUGAUUGACUCUUGUAUUUCCAAAAAUGGGAAAUCCAUUGAACUUCAUCUCAUGGUUGACACAGGAGAAGACGUUACCAUCCUCCCCAGAGAAAAGUGGCCCCGCGACUGGGCACUGGUGUCCCCUUGUGGCACAAUCUCUGGUGCUGGUGGAGCUGUCAAUUCCAUGAGAAGUCCUCUUCUGGUAAGCAUAAGGGGGCCUUCAGGAUAUUCCAGCAACCAUUUAACUUAGUGACUGAUUCAUCUUGUGUUGCCAGGAUAGCUGAUUGAGCAGAGCAUGCUCUCCUCAAAGACGUGCAAAACAAACAGCUGUUUUCCUUGCUUUCAGAAUUAAUCUGGCUCAUCUCUCAUCGAGAGCAACCCUAUCAUAUUCUACAUGUAAGAUCCCACACUGACAUGCCUGGCUUCCUUACUGAGGGGAACCAGGGGGCAGAUGCAUUGGCAAUGUCAGUCACCACCACAAUUACUUCACCAACUUUACCUGACAUUUUUAAACAAGCACAAUUGAGCCACAUGUUCUACCACCAAAACACGCCAGCCCUGGCACGUCAGUUGAUAUUGUCACAAGAACAAGCCCCUGCCAUUGUAGCCACAUGUCCAAAUUGCCAAUCCCAUGCCCUUCCAACAGUAGCAACAGGGGUCAAUCCUAGGGGACUGAAUGCUCUUGAGCUGUGGCAGUCAGACAUUACUCAUAUCCCACCUUUUGGGAAAUUAAAAUAUAUUCACAUAUCUAUAGAUACAUUUUAUGGCGCAAUCUUUGCAUCUCUGCAUGCAGGAGAGAAAGCCAAAGAUGUCACCAAGCACUUUUACAUGGCCUUUGCUACCCUAGGAGUUCCAAAAAAGAUUAAGACAGAUAAUGGACCAAGUUACACCUCCAAAGCAUUUCAGAAUUUUCUCUCAGCUUGGGGAAAUUCCCAUCACACCGGCAUUCCUCACAACCCUCAGGGACAAUGAAUAAUAGAAUGCACACACAAAGAAAUUAAGAAACUACUAGAUUUACAAAAAGAUUCUGCCCUUUUAAUGACACCUCAAGAGACUCUGCAAAGCACUAUAUGUGCUCACUUUUCUUAACUGCCAUUCAAAAGAUCCAAAUCCUCCAAUCCUUCGGCAUUUUCAUAACAACACAUUUGCCCAUCUCAAAGAACGCCCACCUGUACUCAUCAGAGACCCUGAGUCUCACCAAAUUAAAGGUCCUUUUCCACUAAUAACCUGGGGCCGAGGGUACGUGUGUGUUUCAACAGAAACAGGGCCGAAGUGGAUUCCAGGCCACUUUGUCAAACCCUACCUGGAUGCAAAUCAGACUGCUGACCCACCCAGGAAAAGCCAAGAUGCAUCUGAUCAGCCAGACACCGCAGCAGAUGCAGUCACUUGGAAGCGUCGGAAGAAGAAGACCAGAAUUCCCAACAUUGUAGCACAAACUCUCAUCACAAAAAGAUAUUUUCCCGUCAUACCUUGCUGCAGAACCCCUCCUUUCCUCCCCAACUAUCCCUAUCCCUUUUCCCACAUACCUUUCCCCCAACCCAUCCCACUAGUCCCCACGCUUCUCUUUCCUGCUUGUGUCCUAUUAUUAUUAAAAAAGGGGGAGGGUGAGGAGAGUGACUGAAAGAGUGUACAGAAAUUUAAUGUCAUAUGUUUCCCUUGCUAUUUGCUACAGCAAAAUCAUGCUGGAAGGCCACCCUGGAAAGAAUGAAAUUCAAACAAGUGCUUUUCACUGCAAUCACCAUUCUGCUCCAUCCGUGGACAGCAGAAGGUUGGAUGGUGCAACAACCAACAGAGGAUAUAUGGCUGACUCUGGCGAAAACUCUGAAACAAGAUCAGAUCUGCUUGCCAAUGGGCAGCGUGGACAAUCCUCUAUCUGCGUGCCUGGUGGGAAUGCCUCUGUUGCAAAAAGAUUAUCCAUAUGCAGGGAAGAAACCAAAUCCAGUUGAUACUUGGGACACCUGGACAAAGAUUUUACCACAUGCCAGACAGGAGCCUCAGGAGUUAGAUCUCUUGGGCUCUGCUCCAGCUACAUAGUGUGUUAGGUUCUUCUGUCUACAAAACACACCCAUUUGGCAUUACUCUGCAGUCUCAGGCACAAUAACUCAAAACGAUGUAACACCUAAUAGCAGAAAGUAUAAUUCAGCCACAUGGUGCAACUAUACCUCUAGCACACCACCUGAGUCCAGUGAUGGUCCCAGAGUGUCACUGAGAGGCGUGUUUCUUAUCUGUGGCCACAGAGUGUGGGCAGGGAUCCCAUCAAAGAUCAAAGGAGAUCCCUGCAGCCUCGGACAGCUGACUGUCCUCACCCCAAACACAUCACAAAUUAUAAAUUAGCAGAAUCAAGAAGGAUUGGCACGCAAAAAGAGAUCUUACAGUCAAUUCUACCCAAAUUGCGAUGAUAAAAUUUACGAUUGGAGCGAAUCCAAAAGAGUCUCUGUGUCCAUUUUUCUACCUUGGUACACAGCUGCAAAGGCUCUCGGUGAAAUUUCCCACCUGGGGUGUUGGCUCAGCCGUCAGGCCAAAGCUACCUCGGCAGCCCUGUCAGAUCUGCUCACGGAAGAAGAAACCACCAGGCACGCCACUCUACAAAAUAGAGCUGCCAUUGAUUUUCUCCUUCUGGCGCAUGGUCACAGCUGUCAGGAUAUUGCUGGCCUGUGCUGUUUUAAUUUAACAUCUAAAAGCACGUCCAUACAUGCCAGCAUUCAGCAAAUUCGAAACCAAGUGCAAGACCUCAUGACAGAGACCAGAGACAUCAAUGUAGUAGAUAAAGCACUCACACAGUGGGGAAUCCCCAGGUGUCUUGUACCAAUUCUCAAAAAUUUGGUGUGGAUUUUAGUUGUCAUUUUUAUGAUAAUGGUUGCCCUGAGUUGUUUCAAAAGGGCAAUGGAAAAGUGACUUGGAAAAAUUUAUUUAAUAAACAAAGAAGGGGGAGAUGUGGGGGUCAUGGGUGAGAAAGCUAUCUCAGGAAUGCCCUGGGAAGGCACCAUUGUCUAAGUCAGGGAAAAUUCAUUCCUUUCCCAUGGUUCAAAUGCUGUACUCCCUUUCCCAUCCCACUCAUCCUCUACCCUUUGUAUCUUUCACUAGUUGCUCCUGUGAAAACUUUCCCCCUGCCAUCCCCCUCCAUGUGGCUGUGCCCAAAAUCUGUAACUUUCCCCAGAGAUCUCGCACUCGCCCUGGUGUCCCUCUGCUGCUUGUUACCGUCCCUGCUGUCCCUUCAACUCACUGUCUGUCCCUCAGCCUACCCUCCAUGUUUUCCUAUCCUCCUUCCUAUCCCCUGCAAUAAAUCAGUUGAAAUUAUCCAGGACUCGAGCUGCCCUUUUUCUAUCUGGUGAAGAGAAACAUCUAGCCAGGGUCCAGCGGGUGAAAAUCCUGACCCCGGCAACCUUGUUCUUUUCAAUUUCUAUGACAUCACACACAGUCCUUAAACACACACAGCCAUCACCUAUAUACACUAGUACCGUUUAUUGGUUGGUCUCUGGGUGGAUCUCAAAGUGGCAAAUGCCUUGGUCAUUGUCAAGGCAUAUGUCUUGAGCACUAAUCACAUUACUGUCACAGACGAAUCCCUGUUGUUCUUGAGCAAUGU